CGCCCUCCGUCUAUUUUUUCCUCUUCCUUUCAUCCUCACUCCAAAAUAGGUCAAGGGGUGGAAGUUACACCUGGUGCGGCCCCGGCUCUGAUGCGAAGGCGGCUUUCCCCCAAUCCCGGCCCCGGGACAGCGUCGUAACUACUCGGCUCAGUAGACUUUCCCGCCCCCAGAUCGAGCAGAAAGCGCUGGCGACCCGGGCGCUGACAAUGGCCAGCCGAGGGGAGCGGCGAGAAGCCUCUUCUCCGCCCUAGAUCUGCCGCCUCUCGGCUCCAGCAGGGAGGCCGGGGCGUGACAGGUCACCUCGAGCGUGCCGGGCGCGCCCCGCCCGGGUCCGAUUGCCGGGGUGAGUUCCUGCCCGUCCUCCGCCAUCCCGGUGGCCGAGGGUGACCUGUUUACCUUGCAAACUUAGACACGACCAACACAGGCGAGCCUGCCGUGCAGUGAGGGACCGCAGGGUGUGCUUCAGAUGUGAGACCGGAUAAAUCAGAACUCAGAGCUGCAGGGGACAUGUUUAGUGUCUUAAAGGUGAAAAUGCAUUCGCAUUUCAUGGAGUGCGCGUGUACCUUGCCCGUUAGAAGCCAUGGCUUGAGAAUUGAUUUUUAACUAGUAGGAGGUGGCCAACUGAUCAUGUGAAGCCAGAAAGUUUUCAAAGCUGAUGAUGAAAAUACAGCUUAAGAAGAAGUGCCAAAAUAGGAAGGGCCUGUGUGCUCUCUUCAGAGACUCACACAAGUGUCUUACUCUGUGAAGGACCUAGAUAUUUGAUUUCACUCUUCCAAGUUUUCAUUUACAUUACACAUUGAGAAAGUUAUGAGAAACAACUGUCACUCUCUGGGGGUGGAGACUGCCAUGAUUCACAAAGACAAGAGGUAAUUUUCCUGUAAUCACAAGAUGACUCAGGAUGGAUCAUGCAGCCGCCCAGCUGGAGAAGCAACACGUGCACGAUGUGUACGAGAGCACGGCCCCUUACUUCAGCGACCUGCAGAGCAAGGCCUGGCCCCGCGUCCGCCAGUUCCUGCAGGAGCAGAAGCCAGGCAGCCUCAUCGCCGACAUAGGUUGUGGGAUUGGAAAGUAUCUUAAAGUGAACAGCCAGGUACAUACCCUGGGCUGUGACUACUGUGAGCCAUUGAUAGAGAUUGCCCGGGAGAGAGGAUGUGAAGUCAUGGUAUGUGACAACCUUAAUCUCCCCUUUAGGGAUCAGGGCUUCGAUGCCAUCAUCUCCAUAGGAGUCAUACAUCAUUUUUCUACAAAACAAAGAAGAAUCAGAGCCAUCAAAGAAAUGGCCAGAGUCUUGGUUCCUGGAGGGCAGCUGAUGAUUUAUGUUUGGGCCAUGGAACAGAAGAAUCGUCACUUUGAGAAGCAAGAUGUGCUUGUUCCAUGGAACAGAGCCUUGUGUUCUGGAUUCUUCUCGGAAUCCAGCCAGUCUGGGAGAAAAAGGCGGUGUGGGAAUCCCGAGAGAAGCCAUCCCUACCAUCCUCCCUGCUCUGAGUGUAGCUGUGCGGUUUGUUUCAAAGAGCACUGUGAUUCCAAACGGUCCCACAGUGUGGACUAUGAACCUGUCACGGCCAGAACCUGUUUUGCAAAUAUUCCUAAAGAAAGCGAGGGAGAAUACGGAUUCUAUAACACAUUAGGAAAAUCUUUUCGAUCCUGGUUUUUUUUCAGAUCUUUGGAUGAAUCAACUCUGGGGAAACAAACUGAAAGAGGGAGACCCUUGAAAAACACAGACGUUUGGGCCGAUCACACUAUCACGAUCCAACCUUCCAGGCACUCUAGUCUAGACUUUGAUCUCCAAGAGCCAUUUUCAAAAAAGGAGCAAAACUCGGAUGAGGAAGUGUUUGUGGAAACUUCUUCUCGAAAACACUUGGAGUGGCUAAGAGCACCAGGCACUAUGAAGCAUUUAAAUGGAGACCAUCUGGGAGAAAUUGGGAAAAACGGAGGGGGGACUUUUCUGGAUAACACUAGUACCAAUGACAAUGGUGUAGAUGCAAGUAACUUAGAAGGAGAAAGCCCUUCUGCUAGUAGAAUACUGAGGAGGAUUUCUGCAAUCGAUUCCACAGAUUCCAACCCAGAUGACACAAUUUCUGUUGAAGAACAACAGGCUGACAUUAUGGAUUCCAGAGCCUUUAUGCGUUACUACCACGUGUUUCGGGAAGGUGAGCUCUAUGGCUUGCUCAAGGAGAAUGUGUCAGAGCUGCAUAUUCUGAGCUCUGGGAAUGAUCAUGGCAACUGGUGUAUCAUUGCAGAGAAAAAGGAAAAUUGCAAUUGAUUGGGUCAUUUUUAGACAACUCUUCCAAAAGAUGAACCACAUUCUUUUCACUAGAUUUGAUAUGGUUACCAGAAUUUGCACUCAGUUUUAUUAUUUUUUAAUUCAUUUAUUCUGUGGUCUGGAAAGACUGUAGAUUAACUGAUUUUUUUAUUUUUUUUUUACCUUUGAGUAAGCACAGAGCCCGGCACUGAAAACACUUGAUAAAGGGUAUUUGUGCUUAAAUGUUAAUGUAAAAUAUCUGAAGAAGCAAUAGAAAAUAUA